AUGAGUACUAAAACAAAACAAAAAAAAAUGGCCGACUAUGUCACAACAACAACAGAUAACUCAAAGAAAAGAGUUAGAAACAAUGAUGGAGAUGAUUCCGAAUCUAAAAAGCCCAAAUCGACACAAGUUGAUUUGAACAAAAUAAAUUUUGAUUGUGAGAAAAAAAGUGCUAAAGGCCUUACUUGGAAUAUGAAAAUUAUUUCAUGGAAUGUUGCCGGUCUUAGAGCAUGGCUUAAGAAAGAUGUUGUAGAAUAUCUUAAAAAGGAGGAUCCAGAUAUUAUUUGUUUACAAGAAAUCAAAUGCACCGAAAAACAAAUGCCAGAUGAAGCAAAGUUACCUGGAUAUAAAAUUUACAUUAAUUCAGGUGACAAGGCUGGUUACUCAGGAGUUGCUUUAUAUUCUAAGACAAAGCCAAUUAGUGUGAGAAUGGGAAAAGAAAUAAAAGAAUUGGAUGAUAAUGAAGGUCGUGUGAUUGAAGCAGAAUAUGAACAAUUUUUCCUUGUUUCUACUUAUAUUCCAAAUGCUGGCGCAGGAUUAAAAACAUUGCCAAAAAGAAUGAAAUGGGAUGAGGCAUUUCGUAAAUAUUUGAAAGAGUUAGAUACCAAAAAACCAGUUGUAUUAACUGGUGAUUUGAAUGUUGCUCAUGAAGAAAUAGAUAUCGCAAACCCAAAAACUAAUACAAAGAGUGCAGGUUUUACUAAAGAAGAAAGAGAUAAUAUGUCAUUGCUUCUUGAACAAGGAUUCAUUGAUACAUUUAGAACAUUAAACCCUGAGAAAACUGGAGCCUAUACUUUUUGGACUUAUUUUCAUAACUCAAGAGCUAAAAAUGUUGGAUGGAGACUGGACUAUUUUAUAUCAUCAAAAAGAUUCAUGGAUAAUGUAUGUGAUAGUACUAUAAGAAAUGAAGUACUAGGUAGUGAUCACUGUCCAAUUGUGUUUUACAUUAAUGUUUGA